AUGCCACGCGAAUUAAUAACAAUACAAGCUGGACAAUGCGGAAAUCAGAUUGGUAUGGAGUUUUGGUCUCAAUUAUGUGCUGAACAUGGGAUUAGUAAAGAAGGUAUACUAGAAGAUUUUGCGACUGAAGGUGGUGAUCGAAAAGAUGUAUUUUUUUAUCAGGCCGAUGACGAACAUUACAUUCCAAGAGCUUUACUUUUAGAUUUAGAACCAAGGGUUAUCAACAACAUCUUGACCUCACCAUAUGCAAAUCUUUAUAAUCCCGAGAAUAUUUAUUUAUCCAAAGAUGGUGGUGGAGCUGGUAACAUUUGGGCUUAUGGAUUUUCCCAGGCCAAGAGCGUUUGUGAAGAUAUAUUUGAAAUGAUUGACCGCGAAGCUGAUGGAAGCGAUUCUCUCGAGGGAUUUAUGCUUCUUCAUUCGAUUGCAGGAGGGACGGGUUCUGGAAUGGGGUCUUAUCUCUUAGAAAUGCUUAAUGAUAGAUAUCCUAAGAAACUAAUAACAACAUAUUCGGUAUUUCCCAAUAAUGAGGAAGUUUCAGACGUUGUUGUUCAACCCUAUAAUAGCAUUUUAACUUUGAGAAGAUUAACGGAUUAUGCUGACUGUGUGACUGUACUGGAUAAUGCAGCAUUGAAUCGUAUAGCAUGUGAUAGACUGCAUAUUCAAAACCCAACAUUCGCCCAAACAAAUCAAUUGGUUUCAACUGUGAUGUCUGCAAGUACUACAACGCUCCGUUAUCCUGGAUAUAUGAAUAAUGAUCUUGUUGGAAUGAUUGCUUCACUUAUUCCCACACCGAAAUGCCAUUACCUAAUGACAGCAUAUACUCCUUUUACAAGCGAUCAAGUCGAGAAGGGAGAAGCUGACCCUACGGAUGUCCAUAAAUCGUUGUUAAGAAUUCGGGAACGUCGGUUAGCACAAUUUAUUCCUUGGGGACCAGCUAGUAUUCAAGUAGCGUUGACCAAAAAAUCUCCAUACAUUCAAACAUCCCAUCGCGUAAGCGGUUUAAUGUUGGCAAAUCACACAAGCAUGGCUUCGCUCUUGAAGCGUACUUGUGACCAAUUUGAUCGUAUUAGGAAACGUGGAGCUUUCUUGGAUCAAUAUCGGAAAGACGAUCAAUUUUCUGAUAAUCUUGAAGAAUUCGACGCUUCUAGAGGGGUAGUACAAGAUCUUAUUAAUGAAUAUGAAGCAUGCGAAAGUGCUGACUACAUCCAAUACGGAACUUCCAAGGAUUAA